UUGGCAAUCGGUCUCUCGGUCACGGCAGUUUUUGGAAUCGGUGCAUUUAUCUUCUUCAUAAUAUUCCUCAUGAAAUACUCCGCUCGUAAAAAGGUUCAAAGCCAGCCUGUGCAAAGCUGGACUCUCGCCCCACCCCGACAGAGCUGGGCACACACUCACGCCUCCAGCAGCUCUGGGAACCAACACCAGAUGCAGCAUGUUUCCCAGUCCUACCCCACAAAGACCGGUAACAACACACAGUACUUGGAUAUGGGAAGAGGUCAAGGCCAGCAGUCAACCUUCGUGUCCUCCACUUUCUCCGAGCCCCCGACCUACACGGAAACAGCCCCUGCCCCAGCUGACUACACCCUACCAGCGGGAAGCGUCACGACACCCCCUCCUGUCCCGGUGAUGCCCUCUUCAACAACCGGUGUUGUGUCGACAUCUCUGACUGGAACAUAAGGUCCACAGAAAAUGUAACCCUCAACUCUCACUGUGAGCAGGGAAACCCUUGGGAAAGACGCCAGAGAUAUAUUUCAUAAUGUACAUGAGGUGACACACACGCAGUCUAGCUGUCUCAAGCUGCUUGACAACGUACACACACACACACACACACACACA